CGCCUCCUCCCCACCCCCACCCCCCUCGCCCCUGCGCCAUCGCCGGAGCCACGCGUUGCCGGCACGCGAGGGGAGUGGCCCUGCCUCCGGGAAAGCGCGGCUCGGGGGGCCGCUCGGGGCUCAGCCAGUGAGAGGCCGGGGGAGUGGUGGAGGGAAGGCUCAGGCCGGGUACUUAGAGCCGCGCUAGCAGCCGGACCCGAUCUUCCUCGCUUCCCUCGCGCGGACGCUCAAGGCCCGCCGCAGCCGGGCGUUGUGGGCGCCAGAGCGGCUACCCCGUUGUAUCAUGGUGACCCCUUGUCCUGCCAGCCCGGCCAGCCCCGCUGCGGGAGCCGGGAGGCGGGACAACCAUCAGAACCUCCGCGCCCCGGUGAAGAAGAGCAGGCGCCCGCGCCUCCGGAGGAAGGAGCCGCUGCGGCCGCUGAACGCGUCUUCGCUCCCGGGAGACUCCGGCGUCUGCGACCUUUUCGAGUCCCCCAGCUCCAGCUCGGACGGCGCGGACAGCCCAGCGGCGUCUACGGCGCGGGACUGCAGCUCCCUCCUCAGCCCUGCCCCGCCCUUGACCGCGCUAGAUCUCCAGACCUUCCGAGACUACGGCCAGAGCUGCUAUGAUUUCCGCAAGGCGCAGGAGAGCCUUUUCCAUCCGCGGGAGUCUCUGGCGCGACAGCCACAAGUGACAGCAGAAUCUCGCUGUAAACUGCUCAGCUGGCUCCUGCCGGUCCACCGCCAAUUCGGCCUCUCAUUCGAGUCUCUGUGCCUGACGGUGAACACUCUGGACCGUUUCCUUCUCACCACCCCGGUAGCUGCGGACUGCUUCCAGUUGCUCGGGGUCACCUGCCUGCUCAUCGCUUGCAAGCAGGUAGAGGUGCACCCACCUCGCGUGAAACAGCUCCUGGCCCUGUGCGGUGGCGCUUUCUCUCGGCAGCAGCUCUGCAACCUCGAGUGCAUCGUGUUACACAAGCUGCACUUCAGCCUGGGCGCGCCCACCAUCAACUUCUUCCUGGAGCACUUCACUCACGCUCGCGUGGAGGCGGGACAGGCUGACGUCACCCGGGCCUUGGAGGCGCAAACCCUGGCUCGGGGCGUGGCGGAGCUGAGCCUGGCCGAUUAUGCUUUCACCAACUACACACCUUCCCUGCUGGCCAUCUGCUGCCUGGCGCUGGCCGAUCGCAUGCUACAGCUCCCUCACCCGUUGGAUCUUCGCCUGGGAGAGCACCCAGAGGCCGCGCUGCAAGACUGCCUGGGCAAGCUGCAGAUGCUGGUGUCCAUCAACAGCACCUCCCUGCCUCACAUACUGCCUCCCCACAUCUGGGAGAAGAGCAGGCUGCCCCAGAGUUGGAAAUAAAAAGCACGCCCUUGGGUUUCUUUUAUUCCCCUGGCCCUG